AAAUACAAAUCAUGGAAAAACAUCUGGUAAUUUCUCUAAAUUAUGUGUACUGUUGUUAAAUAUUUUAAUAAUAUGUAUUGAUGUUUUAAUUUGAUUUAAUUUUCUAUCCAAUAGAUAGUGAAAGUUUGCAGUCUGAGGUUUCUGGUACACAUAUAGAUAAUUUACAAAAUUAUGCCUCAUCAUCUUCGUCGUCAUCAUCUAAUUUUAAUAAAGUAUCAAAUAUGUUUCGUAAGUUAAUUUGAAUUUUUAUAUUUCAACUAUAACAUUUAUGCAGUUUAAUUUUCAUCAAUUAAUGUGGUUUAGAGCAUUCUAGUGAGAAAAACAAUGAUUUUUCUUUGAGUUCUUCUCCAACAUCGUUUAAGAUUAUGAACAAAUUUACUGGGUGAAAAAAUCAGAAAAAAGCUGAUGCAGUAAUUCAAAUUUCAGUAACACUUGAAAAAAAUUACAAAUAUUGUCCAACGUGUGGCUCUGCAGGUUAGGAUAUUAUUUUAUAAAUAUUGAUAUUUUUAAUAUUUAGGUGAACUUUUUGAAUAACUGUUUAAUAAAAAUAUUCAUCACAGCAAAAGAUGCCCCUUUAUCAAAAUCCGAUCUUGAGUCAAUGCGAAGAAGUAUUGAUUACCGCAUAAAAGAAGAGGCCAAAAUAACUAGAACGUUAUUUACCGCAGGUAGUUCUUAUGUUGAUGUCGAAAAAAUAUUACUUGAGCAAAAAAUGACUGAUUUGCCAAAAAUUGACUUAUCAAGUUUUACACAUUUUGAUGAUGCAUUGAAAAACGACAUUGAAUUAUUCAAAAAAAUGAAAUGUUUCAUGGUGUUGAACGUAAAAGGUUCUGUGAAGUUAUCUGAAAACCUAACAACUGUAAUUCCGAAAAUAAUAUCGAAGGCUGUGCAACUUCAAUAUAGUGCUUUCGGCAGAGAAUGCAACGGUGUCAAGAAAUUAAACUUCUCUGAGACUGAAACCUACAAAUUGUUAUUAGAAGUGCUUAAUACAAAGUUUCCUGAUACCAACAACAAAGAAAUAUCAAGCGUGGUUAGUCGUUGGUUUUCCGGUGCGAAAGACAGGGAUGGUGGUAAGAAGGAGAGAAGCUUAAAAAAAAUGAAGUUCAAUAAAAAAGAUGAUGUUGUCCAUGAUUAA